GUGACUUCCCGGUUCCCACCCUUCCCCUUCCUGAUUUUUGCAGCAAGUUUUUACUCGGAAUUUUGUUUUCACGUUUGUGAUAGUUUAGGACGAUCCAGAGACGCGAUGGCGGGAAGGCUACCUGCUGUUGUCAUUGACAACGGAACGGGGUACACAAAAAUGGGCUAUGCCGGGAACACAGAGCCCCAGUUCAUCAUCCCCUCGGCUAUCGCUAUAAAGGAAUCCUCCAAGAUCGGAGACCAGUCUCAGCGCCGGGUAACCAAGGGCAUCGAAGAUCUGGACUUCUACAUCGGAGACGAGGCACAAGAGUAUCCUAACUACAGUGUAAAGUGGCCGAUCCGACAUGGUAUCAUCGAGGACUGGGAUCUGAUGGAACGUUUCUACGAGCAGGCCAUCUUCAAAUACCUCAGGUCAGAACCAGAGGACCACUACUUCCUACUGACGGAGCCCCCCCUGAACACCCCAGAGAACCGAGAGUACACGGCAGAGAUCAUGUUCGAGUCCUUCAACGUGCCGGGGCUGUACAUCGCCGUGCAGGCCGUUCUCGCGCUCGCCGCGUCAUGGACGUCACGGCAGGUCGGGGAGCGGACGCUCACGGGGACGGUCAUCGACAGCGGGGACGGAGUCACCCACGUUAUACCUGUGGCUGAAGGCUACGUGAUUGGCUCCUGUAUCAAACACAUUCCCAUCGCAGGACGAGACAUCACCUACUUCAUCCAGCAGCUGCUCAGGGACAGGGAGAUCGGCAUCCCGCCUGAACAGUCUCUGGAGACAGCCAAGGCUAUCAAGGAGAGGUACUGCUACAUGUGCCCGGACAUUGUGAAGGAGUUUAACAAGUACGACACGGACCCGGCCAAGUGGAUCAAGACGUACGAGAGCGUCAACGCCGUCACCAAGAAAAACUUCAAGGUGGACGUCGGCUACGAGCGCUUCCUCGGGCCAGAGAUCUUCUUCCACCCAGAGUUCUCCAACCCAGACUUCACCACCCCCAUCUCAGAGACGGUCGACAACGUGAUCCAGAACUGUCCCAUCGACGUGCGGAGACCGCUCUACCAGAACGUGGUUCUGUCUGGCGGCUCCACGAUGUUCCGUGACUUCGGGCGUCGGCUGCAGAGGGACCUGAAGCGGCAGGUGGACGCCAGGCUCAAGAUGAGCGAGGAACUCAGCCAGGGCAGGAUAAAGCCCAAGCCCAUCGAGGUCCAGGUGAUCACCCACCACAUGCAGCGCUAUGCCGUGUGGUUCGGGGGCAGCAUGCUGGCUUCUACUCCUGAGUUCUACCAGGUCUGCCACACCAAGAAGGAUUACGAGGAGUACGGUCCCUCCAUCUGCCGACACAACCCUGUCUUCGGCGCCAUGACAUGAGCUGUCAAUCAUCACCAUAGCAACUAGGUAGCCGCGGAGGAAUGUUCCCAGGAUUCCAUGCGAUCAAGACGACAACUUUUUGUACUGGAAGCAAAAUAAGCAGAUCUGGUUCUGAUGAGUAAAAAAGCAAUGUAUACCUUGUGUAGGGUUAGGCAGGGCACAGGAGACAGUUUCUGUUAUCUACAAAACUUUACAUUUUACCUAGAAUUUGGUACAAUUAAGAGCAAGGACAAGAGAUUAUUCCAAAAUGAAUGACACUGAUAGUAAAUUGUUAUGCGAUCAAUUUUGUCAACAGAACAUUUCUUAAAAACCUUAGUAAGAUACUUUUGUCCAGUCCCACUCUGGUGCAGGCAUCUACAUAGUAUUACCAGUUUCUGAAGGCUUGUCUUUGUUCUUUUAUGGAAGGGUUGGCUCUUUACCUGCAGUAAAAGCUCCAUCCUGCCUAUUUCAGGUUGAAGUUGGUAUUUCUUGCCCUGGUAGUGUAGCUUUGGGGUCUAAGAACCAGUCAGAUUAGCAAAGAAACUUGGAAAAUACAGUCUUUGUACCAUGAUUGCUGGUGGUAGAAAUGUGAAUUGACAUGGGCCCUUGUAACAAUUUAUACUUCAUCUGAAUGAAAAUCACAAGAGAAAAUUUGGUAUGCAUUCUGUAAAUUUUGGUAAAGGAAAAAGUGACUGAAUUGCCAAAGGUGACACAGAGUCGGUGUGUGUUUCUCAUCAAAUCUCUCUGCAAAGACCUAUAAUAUUGAAUUUUACCAUGAUUAUUCUAUACUUAUAUGAAUAGUUAGCAGAAAAGGAAGACCACAUUUAAACUGCAGUGAUUCUACUUGCAUAAUUACAAAG